UGACCAACUACAUAGUAGAGAGAAUAUACCGUAUUUCAAACGCUGCUGCACUUAAAAAGCAGGGACGUUAUAUCUAAAUUAUAGACAGGUUGUAAGAUUUGUGAUUAUAAUAAUAAUAAUAAUAAUAAUAAUAAUAAUAAAUAUUCUAAGGAAUAUUAUAUGUUUUAAAUAAUUUUAAAACAAGAUUUAUUCUGGUAUGCGCCCGGUCAGAAAAUAUCUGCUUUAGUCGAGAAUAUACCAUCUAAAAGAGGGGGGUUACGAAAAGUAUUAAUUUAAAUAAAAAAAAAAAAAAAAUUCUAAAAUAAAGUAAACGAUAAAUAUAUUUUCUAAGAUUACAGUAUGGUCGUUAAAAGUUAUAGUGAAAGUCAAUGUGGUGAAAACAACUUUUAAUUUAAAAGAAAACAAAUCAGAGACUAUAAAAACAGGUUUAAAAAGACCUCUUCCAGGGUGGAAGUACCUGCAGUUUGCAACAUGGCUGCUCUAGGGGAAUUAGGGAAAGUUUAGCGCUUCAGUUUUUGAAGUUGUCUGAAUUUUUUUUGGGGGGGUGGUGCGGUGGGGGGGACAUUUCGUUGUCUAGGGAAGUAUACGGGCCACGUUGGAAUAUAACAUGCAUUUUUCCAUUCCUGAGACCGAGGUUCGUUCUGGAGAGAAUGGGUCCACAUAUGUGGCUUACAAUAUCCACAUAAACGGAGUGGUGCACUGCCAGGUCAGAUACAGCCAGCUUCUCGGGCUACAUGAACAGUUAAAAAAGGAGUAUGGUAAUAAUGUAGUCCCAGCAUUCCCUCCGAAGAAACUUUUUACACUCACACCAGCUGAAGUGGAACAGCGAAGAGAACAGCUAGAGAAGUAUAUGCAGGCUGUGCGACAGGACCCUAUACUUGGAGCCAGUGAAACAUUCAACAGCUUCUUGAGAAAAGCCCAACAGGAAACGCAGCAGAUUGCCACGGAGGAAGUUCACUUGGAUGUUUACCUGUCGAACGGUCAGAAAGUGAAAGUGAACAUACUCACAUCAGACCAGACCGAGGACGUCCUAGAGGCUGUAACUUCAAAGUUAGGUCUUCCUGAUGACCUGGUUGGAUACUUUAGCCUUUUCCUGAUCCGAGAGGGAAAGGAUGAGGGCUGUACUUUUGUACGAAAGCUGCAAGAGUUUGAAUUGCCAUUUGUGUCUGUCACCAGCCUUAGGAACCCAGAGUACCGGAUUGUCCUUCGAAAAAGUUACUGGGAUUCAGCAUAUGAUAACGAUGUAAUGGAUAACAGGGUUGGACUAAACUUAUUAUAUGCUCAGACGGUUUCCGAUACUGAACGAGGCUGGAUCCUGGUGAAUAAAGAGCAGCAUAGACAGCUCAAAUCUCUGCAGGAGAAAGGGUCUAAAAAAGAGUUUAUCCGCUUGGCUCAGACCCUGAAGUACUUCGGCUACAUCAAGUUUGACCCCUGCAUCACAGACUUCCCAGAAAAGGGCUGCCAUGUGAUUGUCAGUGCUGGUAACAAUGAGUUGAACUUUCAUGUCAAACUUCCAAAUGACCAGAUUAAGGAAGGAAGCUUUAAAGUGACGCGCAUGCGAUGCUGGCGGGUUACUUCCUCACAGGUCCCUGUGACGAACGGUACGGCAAAUAGUGGCACCUCUGGGAAGUCUGACAUUAAACUGGAGCUGGCGUUUGAGUAUCUCAUGAGUAAAGACCGCUUGCAGUGGGUCACCAUUACCAGUCCGCAGGCAAUUAUGGUGAGCAUCUGUCUACAGUCUAUGGUGGAUGAACUGAUGGUAAAGAAGUCUGGUGGCAGCAUCAAGAAGAUGCUGAAGAAACGUCAUAAUGGUUCCCUUCGUCGGUCUGACAGUCAACAAGCUGUGAAAUCUCCUCCUUUAUUGGAUUCCCCUGACUCAAACAGAGAGUCUGUUGUUAAACUGUCGAGUAAGCUCACCUCGGUAACCCUGCGAGGGAUCAGCGCUUCCAACGACAUCAGUGGCAACAAUAUCCAUGGCAACGACGCCUUUGAGGGGAUUGGAGAUGACGACUUAUAAACCGUAGCAUUUCAGUCAUGGCUGCAGAAAGCAAAAUAUGUAAUACAGAACUCUGCAAGAUUCUUGGCCACCUGAGGGAAUUUGGAUUUCCCGUUGUUGGUUUGAUUUAUAAUUUCUAGUUGCCUUAGAGGGGUAAAAAUCGGUACUGUGCAUUUGUUUCAGGGGCGGUCGGGUGACAGGAACAUCAAGUACCUUGGUCUACUUCAAACAAUUUCUGUUUAAUCAGUGCCAAAAGAACAUUUGCAGACCGAAUCCUUGCAUAUUUUACAUUUCUUCUAGAUGCAUUGUAUCUGGAAGGAAGUCAAGUGUUCAAACGAUUGUCCUGGCCUGUGACGAUGAUAAUUCAAUUCAAUUAACUUUGACUCUGACAGCCUUCAAACAGCAUUGCCAAUUUCCAACAUCAGGACUAUCACGAUUUAAAAGUAAAUAAAGCAGUUUUGAGUUUAAAUUGAAAUGUGAAAUAUAUAUAAAUAAAUAUACAGUGCCACAACAGUAUGCUUUUUGUACACAGUAAUACUGUAAGUUUGUAAAUCGCUUGUGUAUUUUGUGGGGUAUGGGGGAAACAUCUACUGAUAAAAGGCCCUUAAAAGGUGACUUUGCACUUCAUUAGGACUGCUAUAUAAUUUGAUAUUUUCUGUACUGUGUGUGUGUGUGUGUGUGUGUGUGUGUGUGUGUUCCAUUUUUUGUCUUUUUUAUUAUUUUUGCAUUAGCUCAUAUGCUAAUAAAAUAAAUACAGUUUAUGAGGUCCAC